ACCUACCAACAUUAAGAAUAGAUAACAUUCACGGAAUAUUAAUAAUAAUUUAUAAUUUUUGUAUGGACAGUGAAGAGUUGAAGGCAUACCCAGUGGUAAAGAUGAGCAAGAGAGGUAGAAGUUGUUGUGUAUGGGGCUGUCUCAACACAAGCGUCAACAACCCCAGUUUGGCCUUCUUUUCUUUGCCAACAAAUGUAAAAAGACGCAAAAUGUGGUUGCAGUUAAUUUCUCGAAGAGAACUGAUAGACAGAAAACAUGUCUCGUACAGGGUUUGUGAAAUACAUUUCGAUAAAAAAUUUAUACAACAAAGGAACAAACGCAGGAUUUUAAAUCGAAGAGCUUUGCCGGAUUUCAAUUUAACAGAUAAAGAUAACCCACUACAGCAACAAAACAAAGACAUACAAUUUAAUAUAUGCGGCUUUCCUAAAACAACUGCUGAUGCCUCAGUCCAAACUGACAAUCACCCAGUAAUAUCAAGAAGCGUCCAAACUCUGUCUCAUCUUAUCGGUUCAUCCCCUCUUGGAAGACAAUUAAAACUCGAAAUAUCUACAUGCAAAAGGAAAAUUAACUCAAGUGAAACCAAAAAAGGAAAAAGAAAAACAUUUACUGAAUUAUGUGACAGGUUUUUAACAAAAGAAUUAUCCGAAAUUGUUAAAGCACAAUUACAACUAAAAUACCAUAGCCCAGGUAAUAGAUAUAGUAUGGAAUACAAAAAGUUCUGUUCAAGCCUAUAUAAUAUUAGUCCCAAAGCUUACAAUUUCAUGCAACGUUCAAUUCGUCUCCCAAGUCGGCCAUUAUCAACACGUAAAAAACUGGCCAAGUGCGAGUCAAAUUCAGAAGUCUGAUAAAUAUACCUACCGAGGCACGCCUCUUGAUGGCACUUAUCUGGGGGGAGAGAGAGAUAAUACGCGAUAGAGAGGCGUUUAUUAAAUUAUAGGCCGCAACGCAACGCUGUGCCAGCUGGCUUGCACUUUAAUGCGUCGCAACGAAAAUCGUUAUCGUAUAUUAAUGUAUCUGCGAAGUGAGCCUUCUGUAAGUAAAUAAAAAAUAUAAAAUUUAAAUACCAA